AUGCCUUCAGAAGAGCCCCCGCCGACAGACACCACACAACGGCGCAUCGCCGCGAAGAGGAAGCGUGAGACGCCAACAUCACGAGCCAACAAGGCGAGUAAGACGGGCACUCCAAACGCAUACUCGCGACGGACUCCACCUCCCCAGGAUCCCACUCAAGCAGACGACGAAGACGGCGACAAAUCACCGCCAAGACAGCUGAAGAGGCCAGGAGGCGGGUCGCGAAUCGCUGCUGCGAAUCGAGAGGCUGUCGAGAGGCAGCGAAAGCAGAGGGAAGAGGAGACCCGGAAGAAGAUUGCCGAGAGGCAGCUGGGUGGGACCGAGAUCAUCGCAGAACACUAUAAUUCCGUGCCAGAGCGUGGUCGAGAAUGGCGCCAAGCGGAGAGCAAGAUUUCUGGACUACGAAGCUUGAACAACUGGAUCAAGUCCACCCUCAUUCAGAAGUUCUCACGGCCGGAGAUACCGACACGAGAUCUCAACGUGCUGGACAUGGCAUGUGGAAAGGGUGGUGAUCUGGGCAAGUGGGAGAAGGCACCACAAGUACCCGUGUUGUACGUCGGGUGUGACAUUGCUGCGGUGUCAAUCGAGCAAGCACAGGAGCGGUAUAGAGAAAGCCAGCGACGAGGCCGAGGACGAUACCAACGAGGCCCGCCCAUGCAAGCCGAGUUUUACGUGCAGGACACCUUCGGCCACUCGUUGGCUGAGAUUCCCAUCAUUCGCCAAGUCGGCUUCAACCCAAAUGCUGGACCGGGAAACACCAUCAUUCAACCUGGCAUGAUGGGUGGAGGCUUCGAUGUUGUUAGUAUGAUGUUCGCUCUCCACUACUCUUUCGAGUCUGAAGACCUGGCGCGAGGCAUGCUGCGAAACGUCGCUGGAGCUCUGAAGAAGGGCGGUCGAUUCUUUGGUGUAAUGCCGAAUAGCGAUGUGAUUGCGACGAAAGUGCGUACUUUGCUCUCAAAUGGCAGCCCGGAUGCCGCGCCUGUCAGCUCCACGCCAGCAGAAGAUGAAGAUGACUGGGACCCUGAAAAGCCCUCUGAUUCCAACGCAGCGGCCAACGGAGACGAUGACGACGAUGAUUGGGAUCCAGAAAAGCCUUCGGGACCAGUGGUCAACGGCUCAACCCCAGCCGAGAAUCCAGAGGCCAGCAAAGAAGCAACCACCAAUGGCGCAGAACCAAAGGAAAUCAGCUGGAAGAACGACCUCUACAGCGUGCGCUUUCCACCACGUCCACCACUCGCACGCGAUGGCACGUUUCGACCACCAUUCGGGUGGAAGUACCAUUACCACUUGGAGGAAGCUGUCGAAGCUCCUGAGUUUGUGGUUCCGUGGGAGGCAUUCCGAGCAUUGGCUGAAGAUUACGGACUCGAACUUCUCUACCGCAAAGGCUUCCGUGAGGUGUUCGAAGAUGAGUCUGCCGAUCGUGAGUUGGGUAUGCUUGCCGAGCGCAUGAAGGUGCUCGAUCGAGACCGAAGCAAGCCAAAUGGUGGUCUUUUGGUGAGGGAGGACGAGAUGGAGGCUGCGGCAUUCUAUCAUGCCUUCUGCUUCUACAAGACCUGA